AUGAAGAGCCUUCUCAUUUUGAUGAUCGCUUUCGGUUUUGCCUUGAUGAGCAUUGCCGACGAAUCGGGAGAUCAGAUCGUUGAUGGAAGCAAUCUACCCAGUGACAUUAAGACUGCUCUUGGCUCGGAUCUAGAAGAUUUUCAGAAAUUUCAUAAGAAAUUCAACAAACGAAUCAAAGCAAAAAAUCUGAAAAAAGCGGCAAAAGCGUUCGCAAAGAACAACGAAAGAUUGAAAGCUUUACAAGAGAAGAACAAAGGGCGCUCAUUUCAACUCAAAAUGAACAAAUACAUGUCAAUGGAGCCGGAGGAGUUUCAAGCACAAGUGCUUCUCCCUAAAAAAGCCAUGAUUUUUAACAAAAAGAGUGGUGGAAUCGAUGCUAAGACUGCCAAGAAAUUGAGAAAGGAAAAACGAAAAACAAAACAAAUGGCAAGACAGGCUGCAAGGGCUGCGAAAAAAGCCGCACGGGCAGGCAAGAAAACCGGAAAGAAUCAAAGACUAAGGAAAGAAAAGCGAGACACCGAGAUUGCUGAUGAUGGCACUGGGGAUGAUUUAACUAAAGGUGAUGAUGAACCACCAAAGUACGAUCCUCAAAUUGACGACAAAUUGCCGGAGAGUUUCGAUUGGAGAGACUAUGGGGUGAUCACGUCGGUGAAAGAUCAAGGUGACUGUAACAGUUGCUGGGCGUUUAGCGCGGUUGGUGUUCUCGAGGCUCAACAUGCUCGCAAACAUCCAGGCGAAGAUCUCAUCGAUUUAUCUGAACAGCAAAUGUCCUGUUUUACGGCUAACAAUACCGGCACAAUUUGCGAGCCGAACACAUCGGAGAAUGCUCUGGAAUAUUAUCAACAAACUCCUGGUCUGGGUUUGGAAAGCGAUGCUCCAUAUGUUGGCAAAAAUGGAGAUAUGGCCUGCAAGAAAUGGACGCCAGCAGUUCGUGUGGCCUCACACAUCAGUUUGCUUGGAUCGACGGUGGACGAGAUCAAAGACGCCCUCAUUCAAGAUGGACCAAUUGCUAUCGGCGCUCUUUUCAACGAUGAAGCUGUCUACUAUGGGGGUGGGCUCUUUGACGCGAAAUGCGGUUCGGGCAACGAGUUCGGUCAUUCAAUGGUCCUCGUUGGAUAUGGAAAAGAAAAUAACAACUCGUACUGGAUCAUCAAGAACUCUUGGGCUGACACCUGGGGAGAGAAGGGAUACAUCAAGUGGAAAAUGGGCGAGAACUUGUGCGACGUCGAGUCACGGCGGCUCAAUCAAGCGCAAAUUGUU